AGGUUCUUCCUGUGUUAGAUUCAUGCUGGUCACCCUCCAUUCUGCUACAAUCUCACGACAAUCUAACAAGAUGUUUGGUGAAGAUAUCUACGCCAAUGUGAGUCCAGACGACCAAGCAGCUGCUAAACUAUCUGCAGAUAUGCACGCUCCACCGGACCCAGUUCCAGCGAGAAAACACGGCAAAAUGCACGCUCCACCGGACCCAGCUCCAGUGAGAAAACACGGCAAAAGGCACGCUCCACCGGACCCAGUUCCAGCGAGAAAACACGGCAAAAGGCACGCUCCACCGGACCCAGUUCCAGCGAGAAACCACUGUAAAAUGCACGCUCCACCGGACCACACUCCAGCGAGACAGCACACUGACCCGACCCCGCUUGUGAGUGCUGCUGGCAGAGCCUCUUCUUCAUACAGACAGCCUGCACUGGUCCUCCUCAUCCUGUGCUGUCUCUUACUGGCUGCUGUCAUCUCCCUCACUGUCUAUCAUUUCAUGACUAAAGAAAAACCUGAGAAAUCCACCAGCCUGUCCAGAAAUGGUUCAUCAUCACUGAAUCAGCUACAGCUAGAUAAAUACUGUCCUCUCAAAGAAGGCACUUCAAAGGAGCGGGUUUGUUGUCCAGAGAAGUGGAUACAGACCAAUGGAAAGUGCUACUACUUCUCAACUGAUACAAUGGACUGGCAAUCCAGCCGUGAUAACUGCACAUCAAUGGGAGCAGACCUGGUGAUUAUAGAGAGCGAGGCAGAGCAGAGAUUCUUAUUGAAUGAAGCUAAAGCCCAUCCAGGGAGUCGCUACUGGAUCGGCCUGACUGACGCUGUUACUGAAGGAGUCUGGCUCUGGGUGGACGGCACUCUUCUCAAUGACAAGGCAAAGUACUGGUACGGUAAAGAGCCUGAUGACUAUAAGGAAGGUGUGGACUCGUCCGGGCAGGAUUGUGCAGACCUUGUGUACAUGUCAGAUACCCUCAAAGUCUGGUAUGAUCAGUCGUGCACACAGCUAAAAAUGAGAAGGAUUUGUGAAACCAUGGCAGUGAUAAUCAAUAUAUAAAACCAAUGUGGGUCUGUUUCACUUUAGUAAGGGAAGUGAGAAACACACAUAUGACUCACCCUGCAGACCAUGCAGUCGAGCCACUCAGGACCUUUAAAGUGAAUAUUGAUAGGUAUGAAAGUUUGGCCCUUUGCAGUCCAUUUAUUAAGUACGUGUCAGGCGCGUCAGGUUUAUUUUCACACGCGCAGUUAAUUUUAGACGCACUGUUUAAAAGUAUUUUUUUCACAGUCAAACGGGUUUAAAAGGCCCUGCAUAUCAACAAAGCACUCACUAGGCAUCUCCAGCCCUGCCCCACCCUUUCGUUCGCUAUAGGUUUCACAUAUGCUAAGAAAUAAAUAAUAAUAAUAAUAGUCAUACAUACCGAUCAAUCAUCUCCUGAUCACUCGUUUUAUCACCAAACGCCUCAAUAAUGCGAUCCAAGUCAUUAUUUUAUUACUAUAACAUCUGAAAAAAGCUCUGCAAAUGUCCGUGAUAUUCUCUGAGCGCUGAUUCAGUCACAGCCAGCUUGUUUCCUUAUGGCCGCUGUUAUCUGAUGCCAGGGGCAAGUAUGACUAUUCAUGAGAUACACCCUUUUUUUUUUUUUUUUGGCUUGUCUCUGCUCCUGUUGCUCCCACUCAGCCAUUGAAUGGUUUUCUCGGAUUUUUCCGGAGAAAAAACGACUAGAAACCCUUUUUUUGCGUUUUUUUGAUGAUGUCGGAUAGGGUCCGACAUUGGACCCGACAGGAAUAACUGCAAUGUCGGACCAGGUCCGACAUAGGACCGCAAAGGGUUAAUGUUUUCCUUGCAUUGGUUUUGAGUAUGUUCCAACUAUUCUCAUAUGUAUUGUUUAGUUUAUUUGUGGCCGUUUGAACAUUAAAAUAAUGAUAUAACUCCUAAGCAUCCAACCAUACCAGUAUUAUUACUGCAAGCUUUGUUUAUCUUUUAAAUAAACUAUGGUUUUAACAUAAUUUCCGGUGUAAUAAAAUCGUCCCCUGAAGAAACUGUGUUUCUCAGAGAAGAGCGCGUUCUGUGCUGAGUAGAGUCAUAUGACGAGCUCUGCAAGAACACAACCAGUUUGACAAGAUAUACAAGCACAGUGAAAAAUAAAUUGUUUCAAGUUUUACUUGUAGGAAGAAUACUGGUAUGGUUGGAGCAUGCUUGGGAGUUGUAUCAUUAUUUUAAUGUUCAAGCGGCCAAAAAGAAACUAAAUAAUACAUCCGAGAAAAGUUAAAAUGUGCUCAAAACAAAGGCAAGCAAAGCAUUAGUAAACUUUCAUACCUAUUCAUUUUAAAUCUGUCAUAAUGUCAGACAUGUACAGACUCAAAAAAGCAUGUUGGGGGGGGGGGGGGUGUAUUACUGUGUUGCCCCUGUUUCACCCCAUUACUCAGACCCCUUGCUUGUAUCCUUGCUUUCUCACUAAAUAUAUUGCUAUCCCUGAUUAGAUAAUUGCUACAGCAUGUUUAAUCUUAAUCUGAUAUUCAAGGGGGACUCCAGCCACUGACUGGAUUGGGAAUGAUCUGGCUCCCUCUUGUGGCUGGUAGUGGCACAAGAGUUCCUCUUGUAGAGUUCAUCAUCUCUAACCUGUGUUUCAGGGGGUCUGUGCUACAAUGCAGCAACACACUGAGAUUAAACAGUUUGAACUCUCUGUUUUGUCCCAGUGCUGGUAGAAAAACAGCAUUUUAAUAUUGUGGGUUCCUUCAUUGGAGCUGGAACACCCUCAUAUAUUCUGCUCAGCAAAAAAUAGUCUUUGUGUUUAUUAUUAAUCAGUUUGAAUGAAGGUGUUUUCAGUUAUCGUUUGUUAAUAAUGGUAGAUUUUCUUUUAUUUACUUUAAGGUUUAUUAUUUUCCAAUACUUGUUUAUCAUUAGUUCCUUGAUAUUUCCUGUAUUAAAGUAUAUUCUGUGAUGCCUGUGUGUGUGUAUAAUGCAGUUUAAGGAUAUUCAGACAUAGAACUCACCUCAUACAUUUAUUUUUGUAUUUUUAUUUAUAUAAAAUAAAUAACUUAAUUCCUGUUGAACAUUCCCAUAGUUUUGAAAACUUUCAUUGUAUCGAGUUAUAACAACAACAAAAAAAAAGCAGUUAAGAAUUGAGUACCAGAAAAUUAAUUCUACCAGCAUAAUGUCAAAUAAUUUAAAAUGUUGAAAGUUGAACUAACUAGUGACUGAUAAAGCAAUUGAUUUGACACAGUAUUCAUAAGGGCUCACCAGUAAGUGUCAGGGUGCAGCUGUUAAAAAGGGUCUCCUUCUCUUCAUUUGUAAUCUCUUGCAUGAGGGAGCUGGAUAGGGAACAACAAAUGAGAAAUUUAAAGAGGCGUCCUUUUUACACAAAACAAACAUAAAUACAGUAUGGUUCAUUUAUUUUUACUGUUAAAUUGUCUUUUAAAGGCUCCACAAAAGUGCAGCCACAACUUUAAUUAAUGUAACCUGGAAAUAUUACUAAGUAUAAAGUUGUGAUUUGUAUUCUUAUUCUUCACAGCUAUUGCAGAGUUGUCAAUAUGUGUUUUAAAACUUGUUCUGAAAUAAAAUCUCUUAAACAAUAUACACCAUCUGGACCAUUUCAAUUGAUUGUCCAAUACACUGAACACGAUGAAACACAGACUUAAUGUUCAAGAAUGGAGGAGAGGCCGCUGUCAGUCAAGAUAUCGUGGACGCCAUGUUGGGUUAAGAAUGUAAUCAUAGUGUUGUUGUGUAAUAUCAUUGAAUGGGUAUCUGUGCACCAGCUGGCAAAAACGACUUUGUGCAUUCUAUGAAUAUUUAGGCCUAUAUAGUUAUAAAUCUAUAUAGUCAUAUUGUUAGUCAUAUUGUUAUCUCUCUCUCUCUCUCUCUCUAGAGGCUCUAUCCAUGGGUAAACACGUGUGUAGGUGUGUGUGUGUGGAUAAAGCUUUGGUGGCUGGCGGCCAUCUUGGUGAAGGGACAGUCUGCAACCAAGAUGGCCCCUGUUUGCACACUCUCCUGGUGGCUGAUUGUUUGAUUGUUGGAUUGAGUGUGGCUAUCCCGGUGUUUCUCUUUCUCUUCCACUCCACACUCCUACACAACCUCUCUCCUACACACUCACCUGUACAUACAUGACUAUAUUAGCCUAACAUUAUUUUACGUUUUACAAAACAAAGUACCCCUGUGGCAGAGCAGGGCUCUGCCUUUGGAAAUACUGGCAGGGAUGGAGUUAAAUUCUCCUCCCUGCCCAGGUUGAUUGCGUCAGAUGGGAGAAAUCAACCAAUUAAUUAUCCAAUUAAAUACUCAGCCACCUGGCAUAAAAGGAGGCCUCAGCCUCCAAUUUGAGAGAGUUCUAGAAGGAGAGGAAGCAACUGUGUUUUUCUGUGUGUGCUGGUUUUUUCGUUUUUACAAACCAGUGAAGGCAACACCCAGUCUGGAAGCCUUAUUGUUGUAAGUUUGUUUUGUGCUUACUGUCUAUUGUUUCUGUUUAAAACCCUUUUUGUUUGGCCCUCGUGCUGGUUUAUUUUGUAUUUUUUGUAUAUUAAAAGCUUUAUUUUUGAACUUUCA